UUUUCUUUUCAUAUUUGUGUUUUGUUUUGCACUUCUCGGCCACCGUAGUAUUGAUCUGACUUCUUACUAAAUCAGAUUCUUUUGUUAUUUCAACAUGGCUGUGAGGAACUGUUCCAUCCUCCAGUACAGCAGGUGGCGAUGUUGCACUCUAAAGCUGGUUCACAAGUCACCAUUAAAACCACGAAGAAGAAGCACAAGCCAGGCAGCUACCUGGUUGCCAGGACAACGCCGAUGAACCACGUUGUUACGUUUAGUGAGAAUUGCUUUUAUGGGGAAAAAAUAGUAUAGUUUUAUUAACGAAAGUAAAAUGCCAAGAUGAUGUGGUUAACUAGAUAAUGCGGUGAUUAUAAAGACAGUGGAGUUCACGAGUGUGAUGAUGACGGUUGUCCCAUUAUGGGAUCUUUCCCUUCCACUCCCUGCCAUCGUCCUGAUCUCCGUUGGACUCUAUAUGCUGUUUCUUGCAGGUGUCUUAUGGUGCCAUCACUGUCUCAAGACGCAGUGCAAUCCUCAGUGUACAAACUGCUGCCCGAGCGUAUCUCCUUUUGAGUACUGUCACGUGUGCGCUCAGUCAUGUGACUGCCACCCACCAUCUCUUCACACGUGCCUUGACCACUCCUGCCCCUCUCCUAAUUGUGCCAUGUGGGACUGCACCUGCAACCCUCAGCCACCUCAGUGUGACUCCAUCAACUGCUUAUGCUGCGAGAUCAAGUUCAAAUAGAGACCAAAUGGAGGAUUUACACUUCCAAAAAUCUAGCCCGAGCUGUGUAUGUGGUCACGCGUUCACAAGUGCGUUUGUGCUUAUGUUUACAGCGAGUAUGUGCUCCUUUUCUCCAUUUACUGCACAUUUACUUAAAUACAUCCUGGUAGCACUUUACAUUCAUUGCACUAAUACCUGAAUUAAUACUUACUUAAAUAUGAGCUAAGGCAUGUACUAAUCACAAACUAACGAAGAGCGAACCUUAACUAGGACGUGAAUCCGAUUAAUUCAUACGUGAAUAACGACCACUUUAAGUACGUUAAUACAGGUAUGUUAGUUAAUGUAUUAAUUAACAUGCAGGGGUAAACUAAAUCAAACACGCUCUAUAAGAAAGAACAUGAAAUAAACGUGCAUCAUUUCAAAUUGUUUAUAUAAUUUGCCGUAUGCAGCUGCGUACACAAACAUCAUCGGAUGGCGCUGGAUUACUUUGAUAAUUGACGUUGUUCCUCAUUAUCGAACAUAGAAAGACGCACUAAUAAUAAACACCAGUCGGUUCAUCUCAACCCAUUUUGCGUCACUCUCCAUCCAUUUUUCUUUUUCAUUUCAAAUCCCACUGUAGUACUUGUACGCCCCCCAAGCCUCGUGUGGCACGCUCCUGCGCCCCCCCCCCCCCCCCCAUAAUGUAUGUGUAUUUACAUAUAUAUGUCUUUGAUCGCUAGUUUGCUAUCAAAUAUUUCCUCUGAUUAAAUUCUAGCAUUGUCAGAUGACAAUGCUAGAAGUGUUGCUUGUCCUACUCCAUCCGAGUCUUCUCGCGUGCGUCCGUUUUUCGCGUCUUGACUGUUGUACAGUCUGACAUUAAUGACAACUGAGAUCCUACAGUGUGAUGUGGCUUACAGCGGGGACCGUGUUCCUACAGUCUGACAAGCAACAGUCGCAAAGGACUAUAAAAAAUCGCACAGUGUGCACCCGGCUUUAGUCUGAGAUGUCGCCGUGUUUAUUCCGACUGCUUUACUGCGUCUAUGUCAAUCAGAUCUCCUGGCUUUAAAUCCUUAUGGACGGUCACCCAUUUCUCUCUUGUGCUCUUGCUCACAUUUUUGGUCACUGCCCCUCAAAAUGUCUGCGCACGGGUUGAGAUGACAUUAUUGCUCUUUAUUAAUAGUGUGUCUUUCUAUGUACGAUAAGAAAGAAUUUGAAAUUUCAUUCAUAUUCUUUCUAAGAGCGUGUUUGAAUCAGUUCCCCUCUACGUGUUAAUUAAUACAUUAACUAAUACACAUGUACUUAAAUUGGUCAUUAUUCACGCAUGAGUUCGUAAGACACGCGAUAGUUACAUCCCAAGUUUAGUUCUUCAUUAGUUUGUGAUUCGUACAUGCCUUAACUCAUCGUUAGUUAAGUAAUUAAGUUAAGUGUUAGUUCAGGUAUUAGUGCUCGAUUAUUCGGUACAUUAUCCAUGUAAGGUGUUAUCCACACCCUUUUUCUUUAGAAUGCCUUCAUGUUUUAUGUUUACUGACGUUACAUGCUUUUUCAAUGCUAGCGUUCGAGUUCUUGCUUUUUGGAUGAGCUUUAACCUAGCAAGGCCAUUUCUUUUAAGCGUUUACUUAUAACUGACAUGAUAUAUUACUUGUGCUAAAUUUCCCCCUGUUUACACCAGCAUUAAAAAAAAAUGUACAAACAAAAUCAAGGCUUUUUCUAUAUCUAGUCUUUUUAAUUUGUUCAUGCGACUGAGACUUGUGAUAGUUCUCACGUACGAUAUUUGUAGAACUGGACUGACAACUAUAUUUUUGUGGUUCUGACAUUUUUUUGUUUGUUUCUCCAUUUGAAAUAUUAAGCACAAGUCACUUAUUGUGUUUACUGUAAUUAUAUUGUGUCCUGUGUAUUUCUUCUAUCACGGCACUAACACCAGUUUUCUAACAUGUACUUUUGUUAGUAUUGAUUUUAUAGAUUUUUUAUUUUUGUCUGUGUAGAAACAUGCUGUAUUGUCUUUACACAGGAAAAUAAACCUUUUCAUUUUUAAA